CUCCAGCAUGUAAAACAUAAGUUAUUUUCCCAGAACAGCACCCUUCCUACAUUCCCUGUGUACCUGAUGUCUAUGAUUGACUUGGGGGAGAGAGAACAAAUGUCUCCUGAUGUGUGUGCUUGUUGUCUGCUGCUGUGGCUGAGUAAUUAUAGAGCUACUCUGUGUUGUGUGCAGUGUGGGUCAAGUCAGGAAGCCUCUGACAUGACCUUUUCCCUCCAGCAUGCAAAAGAGGGAGGAGAAGCAGCUUGAACUAUCCCUUGAGGCUCUCAUCAGUCAAGUGGCUGACCUGAAGAAUUCCUUGGUCAGUUUCAUUUACAAGCUGGAGAAUGAAUAUGACCGUCUUACCUGGCCCUCAGUGCUAGACAGCUUUGCUCUGCUCUCGGGGCAGCUAAAUACCCUGAAUAAAGUGCUGAAACAUGAGAAGACUCCGCUGCUACGCAAUCAGGUCAUAAUUCCAUUAGUGCUGUCUCCAGACCGCGAUGAUGAGAUCAUGCGGCAGACAGAAGGACGAGUGCCAGUGUUCAGCCAUGAGGUCGUACCUGAUCAUCUGCGAACCAAGCCUGAUCCUGAGGUAGAAGAACAAGAGAAGCAACUGAGCACAGAUGCUGCUCGCAUUGGUACCGAUGUGGCACAGAAACAGAUUCAAAGCCUAAACAAAAUGUGCUCAAACUUACUGGAGAAAAUCAACAAAGAAGACCGAGAGUCUGAGAGUGGAGGUUUACGGCAGAACAAGCAGACAUUCAACCCUGCUGAUACCAAUGCACUGGUUGCAGCUGUGGCCUUUGGGAAGGGUCUGUCAAACAGGCGUCCACCAGGUGUGGCAGGGCCGGUUCAGUCUGGUCAACCAGGUGCCAACCCCAUCAUAGCAGGUGCUUCUGCCAUGCAGCCAGUACAAAUGUCUGGAGCACCAAGCCAACCACAGCCCAUGCUUGGAGGCGUGCAGAUGACCCAAGCAGGCCAGCCAGGUAAAAUGCCCAGUGGCAUAAAAACCAAUAUCAAAUCGGCUACAAUGCAUCCCUAUCAAAGGUGAGUUGGAAACAUUCUGACCUGUUGCUGCUUCUGGACAUCCUUUUCUGAGACUUCAUUUCUUCACUUCACUCUCAGCAAUGAGAUUACUAACUGAAGUUCUGUCUCCUGAGAUCUCAUGGAGAUAAUUUCUUUACAUGGCUGCAUUUAUCACUUGGGACACAGAAGUGUUCAGUGUAUUCAUACAGAAUGGCAGAGGCAUUCCUUUGGGACGAAAGCAUCUGCAGAUGAGCCAGGCCGGGACAAGGAGCAAAUCUUUACUUUUUUCUACAUGAUAUAUAUAUGAAGCCCGAUUGUCUUGGAGAGUGCACUUCUUUUGGAAUUAGUAUUGACUGAUGGAGGAGGGGGAGAUAUGCAAGAUGUACUCUUGAAAGUGUUUUGAUUUAAUAAAAAUCAGGUGUUCUGCAUUGUG